CUCGCUGCAUGCAUAAUGGAUAGAGGGCAUGAAAUCACUCCACACGGCCUGCUGAUUGACACCAGGAUGGUGUGUGUCGGCGCUGCUGGGCUGCAGGUUCUUGCGGUUCUGCUUGUGUUCUCAGCAGAAUGCGGUGUGACUCGAGCCGAGACUCCGGUGACGGUCCGGAGAGUGACCCAUCCUCCGCUGCGGCGUCCUUUAGCCGACUCCGCUCUCCUCCCGUGUGUGUUCACCCUGCCGGCCAUCCUGGUCCCGGGACACGGCCCGUACAUCCACUGGACCCGCGGCUCCGGAGCGCAGGAGAGGACGGUGCUGUCGGCCCGGGACGGUGUGGUCAGGGUGCACCAGGCGUACGUGGGUCGGGUCAGUCUGCCCGGAUACUCUGCUGACCCGCUCAAUGCGUCUCUGGCGCUUUCCCAGCUCCGCUCCAAUGAUUCCGGGACUUUCCGAUGCCACCUCGCCCUGGGAGAAAAUUAUGAGCAGGAUACGGUCAACCUGGAGGUCACAGGUGUGGUGUUUCACUACCGUUCUCCCGCGGCCCGUUAUUCGCUGUCGUUCGCGGAGGCUAUCCGUGCGUGUGAGGAGAAUUCGGCUGAGGUCGCGACCCCUGAGCAGCUGUGGGCAGCGUUUCACUCCAGCAUGAACAGCUGUGCGGCCGGAUGGCUCAAAGACCAGAGCGUCAGGUAUCCCGUACAGAGACCCGAGCUCGGUUGCUAUGGACACGCAGAGUUUUCCCAAGGGGUGAGGAAUUACGGGAAACGGGACCCUUUGGAAUUGUUUGACGUUUACUGUUUUGCCAAUGACAUGCAAGGUGAAGUGUUUCCCGCCGCUGUUCCGGAGCGACUGACUCACGUCGAAGCCUCGGCUCACUGCACGUCUCUGGGAGGCCGGCUGGCGACCGUCGGUCAGCUCUAUCUGUCCUGGAGGUCUGGGCUGGACCACUGCGAGCCGGCCUGGCUGUCUGACGGGAGCGUGAGGUUCUCCGUCAGCUCGCUGCACUCGGACUGUCCCGCUGGAGAACCAGGCGUCCGAACGCUUUCACAGACAGAACUGAACAACGGGAGCAUGCGGUUCGAUGCUUUCUGCUAUCGAGAUGCACAGACCGCCGGCCAGUCGGACCUGCCUGACCUUCGACCCGCUAACUGGACCGGACAGCUGGAUCUGGACAAAGAGCCGCUCUUGACCGCUGAACCCGCCGAGCUCUCGGCCGAGUAUCUGACAGUCCGUCUGCGCGCCGGAGACACGUCUCUGGACUGGAGCGGUCAGCUGGACUCGUUCCCAGACAGCCGACAGGUGCUUCCUGAUCUGAGUCCUGGCGGCUCGGCCCGAGAGGAAGAGGACGAGGAUGAAGGUCUGUCCGGUCAGUCCGUGAGUCCUGCAGCUCCUUCAGACGCUCCUCCAGGAAAGGCCAAGAGUCCCCUCACCAACAUCGUCAGCUCGUUAUGGAAACCCUGGAGCUACUUGACAGGAAGUGAAGCCGAGGCGACGACCACGAGCGUGACAGACGACAGAACCACUUCCGGAUCAGGGUUGAGGUCGGGGUGGAGCCUCUCAUGGCUGUCUGGUUCUUCAGCCGUCACUGAGAAAUUAAUCACCUCCUUUCCAUCCCCGAGUUCAGUCGUACCGACGACAGUCCCACCAAACGCCACCAGAGACGGACCGGGCGACAUUCAGACCACUCGACCUGCACAGGACGCUCCGGCGACGGCGGCUGAUUGGGUCGUGGUGACCGAAACACCCGAGCAGAAAACCCAAACCCCGGAAACCAAAGUCUCUGUCUCGACCGAGAACUACUCCGGAGAGAGUCGUGUCCCGGAGACGGAGGGCAGCUCGUGGGGCGACACGUACCCGUCGUCCCAAACGCCGCUGACGACGAGCACCGGUUCCUUCUCCACCGCCGCACACGCACACGAGGCUCGUGGAGAAAUCCAGUACAGACGCAGAAACAAACCCAAGAGACUCAACCAGAGCACCACGGAGAUGAUGGCGAUGGUCGCCCAGAGCACGACGACUCCCUUCAUCCUGACGUCCGGCACCGGAGACACUGAGACGACCAUCUCGACGUCUGCAGCCGAGUCUCAGACGUCAAGCCUCAUCACGACGGUUCCCAGCAGCGUAGAGCAGGAUCUGAGCAGCGCCGAGGCCGUCAUGAAGAACAGCUCCGCUGGAGAAGAAGCGGACGACAGAUGCAGCUGUCUGCACGGAGGGACGUGUCUUCCUCACGGAGAGGGUUUCCGCUGCUUCUGUCCGCAGGGUUACGCAGGAGAGAGCUGUGAAAUCGAUGUGGAUGAGUGUCAGUCGAACCCCUGUGAGAACGGCGGCACCUGUAUCGAUAAAGAGGACUCAUAUGUGUGUCUCUGUUUGCCGAGUUACAGCGGAGACCGAUGUGAGAGAGACACAGAGGGCUGUGAACACGGCUGGAAGAAGUUUCACGGUCACUGCUACCGUCUUUUUCCUCGCAGACACACCUGGGAGGAAGCAGAGAAAGACUGCAGGGAGCACAGCAGUCACCUGACCAGCAUCACUUCCUCCAUGGAGCAGCACUUCCUUAACGGUCUGGGUCAUGAGAACGUCUGGAUCGGUUUGAAUGAUCGUACAGUGGAAGAGGAUUUCCAGUGGACUGAUGGGAUGGAUGUUGUGUACGAGAACUGGCGUGAGAAUCAGCCGGAUAACUUCUUCGCGGGCGGAGAGGAUUGUGUGGUGAUGAUCAGUAGAGAGGACGGAAAAUGGAACGACGUGCCCUGCAACUACAAUCUACCCUACAUCUGCAAGAAAGGAACCGUGAUGUGUGGCACUCCGCCGGCCGUUGAUAACACCUAUCUAGUGGGCCGCAGACGCUCACACUACGACAUCCACGCGGUGGUUCAGUACCAGUGCGCCGACGGCUUCUUCCAGAGACACAUCCCGACCGUCCGCUGCCGACCCGACGGGACCUGGGAAAGACCCAAGAUCAUCUGCACUAAAUCGCGGCGAUCUCACCGUUACCGUCGGCAACACCACAGAUCUCGGCGCGAGCAUCGACGACACCGGAGACACGGAUCUGGGCACAGGGGGCGGGAUUAAGCCACGGGGGUGGAGCUAAAAAUCAGGGGUCGUGACCUCUGACCCCGUGACCUGUGUUCCCGUGAGUCCAAGAGGAAUCGUGACAGAUGGAAAGGACAGAAAUCAUGGUUCUUUUUUACCGCUGUUAUUUAGGUUUCAUUAACCCUCCGUUCACAUCUUCAUUAGAGGAAUGUUUUUCAUUGGUUAUUUCACGCAGACGGUUAAAACGCUCUUCAUCUUUACAGGAUAGUCGUAUUAAUUUGUCUACGCAGCAGGUGAAGGUUCUGGUAGCUCAUGCUCAUAUUUGUUCAGCUUUAGAUUUUUUGGAUGUGAUGCUUUAAUGAAAUCCUGAAUGUCCAAACUGCCCAAAAUCAUUCAUAUUCAUAAAAUGAGAUGCUCUUCAUGCCUUUGAAUGGCACAGUAAUUCUUUGUACCCCUUGAGACUUUCUAUACUUUCAUUUUGAGCGUUUGGUGAUCAUUUGGUUUAUAUUACAAAUCAUGAACUAUUGUGACGUGCUGGAUUAGAAUCAUAGUGAAACCUCUUAUGUUCAGAAGUGAGUGAAUCUCAUGUUUCACGCCAAAACUGAAAGAAAAACUACAAAAUUAUUUUUUCCAUAAAGAAAAUUAAGCCUGUGUUUAAAACGAUUAGUUUUUUUUUUUUUUUUUUUUUUUUUU